AUGACCUACAGCUGCCACGGCCCGGACCCUGCGGCGCGCCACAUCCCUGCCCGGGUUCGGGCUGUCCACCCGCCGCCGGGAACGCGGGCGCAGACGCAGCGUGGCGUGGCGCUUGCGGCCUCCUGCGCCUGCGUGGCCGACAUGGGCCACGCCCGCGGGAACCGCAAAGCGCUCUGUGCCUUCCUGCAAGCCUACGUGGCUGCCUGCCAGACGGCUGAGGGCAGGCCUCUGGCUUGCCGGAGUCUGACAAGCCCCCUCUCCACAGCCAUGCGGUGCCCCCGCCACAGCCACUACAGUCUGUGUGUGAACCCCUGCCCUACGGCCUGUCCAGGUGUUCAGGAAGUGGUGCGGAUCCCCACUCCCUGCGCUGAGGGCUGCGAGUGUGAAAAUGGAUUCUUCCCAGCCGGGCGUGACUGCGUCCCUGUGGACCACUGUCCUUGCUUCCACAAUGGCCAGUACUUCCCUCCGGACCAGACUGUCCUCAUCAAGAACUGCUCCUCCUCCUGUACCUGCCAGCUAGGGAAGGGUGUGGCCUGUGUCCCCUUCAGCUGUCCUAUGCAGGAAGUCUGUGGCAUCACAGAUGGAGUCCUAAGCUGCCAUUUCCAAGCCACCUUGGGCCCUGCCCCGAGCUCUGUGGCCCCACCACUGGUUCCCCCACCUUUCCCACCCCUGCUCCCCAGCCCCAGUCCCCAGUGCCCAGAAAGCUCCCACUUUGUUCCAUGUGGGUCUGCAUGCCCAGCCACAUGUGCCAACCCUGCAGCCCCAGAGCACUGCCACCACCCCUGUGCUCCAACCUGCCAGUGCCUCCCUGGCUACUUGCUGCUAGGGGACCGAUGUGUGCCCCGUGCCCACUGCCCCUGCUUCCUGCACCAAGGCCAGACUUUCUGGACAGACAACUGUGCUCAGCAAUGUCACUGCCCGACCCUUGGGACCCUGGUGAGCAAGCUUCCCCAGUGUUGGCCUGACAAGUGCCAUGGUCACUGUAAGCCCUCCAUAGGUGGCUGGUACCACUGCCUGUUAGUGCCGUCCCCACCCAGUCCCACUGUUGUGGAGAAGUCACUGGUCUGUGCUGCCACUGGAGACUUCCACUUCCACACAUUUGGAGGAACCCACUAUGAAUUCCCUGGUUCUUGUGUCUACCGCCUGGCGGGUCUCUGUGGCACAGCCCAUGCCAACCUUGAGCCCUUCAGUCUGGAUUUGACCCCAUUGCGGCGGCCACGUGCCUGGACCAAAGCCCUGACCCUCUCAGCCUGUGGCCUGAGGCUGGACAUGAGUCCAAAAGAUCUCAACCACAUCCAGGUGGAUGGAAUUCUGGAAUCACUGCCCUUCUUUCAUGGCCACUGCCUCCGUGCCUACUACCAAGGCCACCAGCUCUGCAUAGACACGGACUUUGGCCUCUCCCUGACUUAUGAUUGGGACAGCCUGGCACGUGUAACGCUGCCGAGGCUCUAUGGACCCUACCUGUGUGGGCUGUGUGGCCAACACAGUCCGAGCAGCCCCACCAUGCAGGUGCCUGACACCUGGAAGGUGGCAGAAGUGCCUGGUUGUGGCCCAUUCUGCGGGCCCCUCUGCCCUGGCCCCUGCCCAGAAGCCAAGCGCACUGGAUUCGCUGGAGACGCCUACUGUGGGCUGCUGAUGGCGGCCGAGGGUCCCUUCGGGUCAUGCUACGCCGCGCUGGACCCGCUCCCGUUCAUGGACAACUGCCUGGACGAUCCCUGA